CCGAUAUCAAAGGCAUGUAGACCAUCAACCCCAACUUGCCCUCGACGAAGUCAAUCUCAAGUCACGUUGAGUCGCAUUCUACGCCUUAAAGACGACAUGUCAUCGCAUAAAGUUCGGGAGAAAUUCCCCAAAGUCUACCCGCUGCUUACAUAGCGCAUGCAGACAGAACCGUGGAGUCCAAUCGUCGAAGUAUCCGGUCCUACUAAUACCAAACCUACUAAUCCAACCUCGUUCGACCAAGAAUGACGUGAUUUGGAGUCUGUGUCUAAGCUCGGUUUGAUUUGAAAUACAACUUACAAAGAGGCGCGGGCGCGGUAGGAGAAAUGUAGAGCCAUGAUGUCUAUAUAAGUGUAACUACUUCGACGUCGAAGUCGAUGUCGAAGUGUUGAUAUCAUCAUCAAGCACCAAGCUUCCUCAUAGUCCGAUAUAGUUAAGUUUACUGAGAAUAUCUCAACACCACCUAUUUCCUAUUUCGAUCUCUUCCGUAUCAUACUUCCAGUUACAUAGCGUGUAACCCCCUACCCCUAUUCAUACUCCCCACAAUGGCCAUAACCCAAUCCGCCUCCCCCGUUCCCCGGGGCCCGGUAACCGCCAAGCUCAACUUCUCACACCCACCCCCACCCGGCGUCACAGCCUUCAACUACGUAGACACGCCGCCCGCAGGCCAGCCGCAGCGAAACCUAGUCCCGGACCCGCGCUCGGUCAACAUCACCGACAUCCGGGGUCACGAAGCAGACUUCAGUCUCGACCGGGACGCCUUCCAAGUAAUCCGCAACGUCGCGCCCUCCGCCGAAGAGACCGCGCCUUCCGCCUCGAACUUCCGCGACGACGCGUCCAUCGCGGCACACUACUACCCGGAGGUAGAGCAGCUACUGCUCUCCGCGAUCCCGGGGAGCAACCAAAUCUACAUCUUCGACCACACGAUCCGGCGCGCGGACGCGGGCGCGCGCCGCAAGGCCGUGCAGAACGUGCACAUCGACCAGACGGCCUUCUCGGCCGCGAAGCGCGUACACCGACAUAUGGGUGUCGACGCCGACGCCCUUCUGCGCGGGCGCUACCGCAUCGUCAACGUGUGGCGCACGCUAAACAAAACCCCCGUCGAAUCCAUGCCCCUGGCCUUCGCCUCGAGUGCCUCGCUCGACGACAAGGACGUCGUCCCCGUCGAGCACAGGUACCCGGAGGGCUACGUCGGCCAGACCGCCGCCAUCGCGUAUAACCCGGACCAGAGGUGGUACUAUCUAAGCGGGAUGACGGGCGACGAGCGCCUGCUGCUCGAGUGCUACGACAGCGAGGGUGCGAAGGAGGGGACCGGUGUGGCUGGCGGACGGGUACCUCACACCGCGUUUGAGGACCCUAGGUCGAGGCCGGAUGCCGAGGGGAGGGAGAGCAUCGAAGUCCGGGCUCUAGUUUUCGGGCCGUGAAGGCGGAUGAUAAAGAUGAAAUAAUAUCCUAGACGCGUCACGUUAUAGCUUAUGCUUUCUUACGAACAGAAUGAAUA